UUUCAUUUGAAUUAUCGACAUGGCUGGUUCACAACGAUCAAGAUCACGAUCUCGCUCUCGCUCACGGUCCCGCUCUCCGGCGAAGAGGCCUGCCUCACCCAAGAAGAAGGCAGUAAGGAGGAGGAGGAGCACCAAACCUAGGUCUACUCGACCAACAACCAUCCAAAUGGCCCGGGCUGCCAUCACUGCUUUGAAAGAUCGCAAAGGAAGCUCCGUCCAGGCUAUCACCAAAUACAUUAUGGCCAACAACAGGGGACUCAGUCUCGCUCGUCUGAGACCUCAACUUCGCCGAGCUUUUGCUACAGGACUCAAAUCUGGCGCCUUUGUACGUCCCAAGGGGUCUACAGCCACCGGAUCCACUGGGCGUUUCCGCAACGGCAAACCACCUGCACCAAAGAAACCAAAGAAGAAGAAGGCUGCCAAGAAACCCAAGAAGAAGGCAAGAAAGCCCAAGAAGAAGGUCGCCAAGAAGCCUAAAAAGAAGGCAGCGAGGAAGCCAAAGAAGAAGGCAGCAAAAAAACCCACCAAGCCCAAAGCCAAGCGUCCUGCAAAGCCCAAAAAGAAGGUUGCCAGGAAGCCUGCAAAGAAAGCUGCAACCAAGCGCAGACCUUCUAAGGCCAAGAAGACGGUGAGGAGAGCAAAGAAGUGAACUGUAACUUCUAGCCUACACUAACCCCAACGGCCCUUAUCAGGGCCACCCGUUUUUUUCAAAAGAGAAAUCAAAUCUUUAUGAAUGUUUCCCUUGUUCGUCGUAAGGUUGUGCGUUGUGUCUGCAUGUCAGUGUGUGUGUUCCAGCAAAAAUAUCCCAUUAGCCCUGUUCGAUAUCGUAUUAG